UAAAUAGGAAAUGACGUUAGAUUCUGUUUACAUAUAUACCGGAGACGAAAUCAUAUUUUUGAGAUAUAAUUCUGGUUUAAGAUCAUUCAUAAACAUGGGUGGCUAUGGUGUAAUGGCCGACGAGGAAACUAUUGAUUAUUCCGUGCACGAAGCAUGGAAUGAAGCGACGAACGUGUACCUUCUCGUAAUCUUGGUCAGCUUUGGUUUGCUGAUGUACGCUAGAAAGAAUAAGAGGAAGAUAAUGCGUAUUUUCACACUGCCUCCCUCUGUGGGUUCAUCACCGGAACCAAACUUCUAUGACAGUCUGCAGAAAGUGCGGUUACGCCAGCAAUUGGAAAUGUACAGUAUCGCGAGGAAAUUCGACCAACAGCAACAGCAGCAGCAGCAGGGUAAGCCAGACAGCGUGCAGCUAACCAUGGAGUGAACCGAAGCGACAUUUCUGAAGACAUCCAUCAUUCCCUUUUUAUAUUAGGCCAUUUCAUUCGUACGACCCUCAUUAGCUAGUUAUACGUUUUUGAUUAUAUUAUGCAUCGUGAACUAGGGUACCUAGUUUUCUUGAAUGAAACAUGUGCCGCACAGUUAAUGGCUUAUCCAUCUCUUUUUCACUGGAACACAUUGAUAAUGUUCUGGCGUUUGGAAAAUGACAUGCCUGAAGCAAGACUGUUUGUAGUGACGCCACCUUUAAGGACAUUUUAUAUGUCUAAUGAUAAAUUGCCCUUGCGGAAAGGCGACAUUCUUUAUUAGAAAAAAUGUUGUAACAAUGAGAAAUGAUUGCACUGUAUACAUGGACAAUAUCGGAGUUGCCAAGGUUACAGAGUCUCCAGGUCCAGCAUGGAAGCUGCUUUCCUCCUCUGUGACGUCAUUAUGCUGAGCUGGAAAAUGGGGAGAGGAAGGAAAUGAUUUUGGGUGAACCGUUUACACCUGUGUAAAUAUGUUUAAUAAAGCUCUCCAUACACAAAAA